CCUCUCCUCUCUUUCACACACAUUCACCAUGACUUCUCCUUCUACAAUCCGGCAGAGAUUCCUCUCCAAGCCCAACCAGCUGGGCGUCGUGGCCGUUGGUUUCAAUGGCGGGCAGUGCAAGAUGGGCGUCGAAGCAGCCCCGAUGGCUCUCGUUCAAGCCGGUCUGCUCGAGCAACUGCGCGACGAUCUGGGCUACGAACUGCACUAUGACGAGAAGGUCCACCACUACGAAGAUAAGAUGCCCGAGUCCGACCCCGACCACCGCGGCAUGAAGAAGCCCCGGUCGGUCAGCGCCGUUACCGAGUCGCUGAGCGCUCAGGUCUACGAGCACGCCAAGGAGGGCAAGUUCGUGCUGACCCUGGGUGGUGAUCACUCCAUCGCUAUCGGUACCAUCUCCGGCACGGCCAAGGCGAUUCGUGAGCGACUGGGUCGUGAGAUGGCUGUCAUCUGGGUGGAUGCGCACGCUGAUAUCAACAUCCCUGAGAUGAGCCCUAGUGGUAACAUUCACGGUAUGCCCAUGGCAUUCUUGACGCGCUUGGCUCGUGAGGAACAAAAGGAUAUCUUCGGCUGGCUGCAAGAUGAGCACAUUAUCAACACCCGCAAGCUGGUGUACAUUGGUCUUCGGGAUGUGGAUCGCGGUGAGAAGCAGCUGCUUCGUGAGCAUGGCAUCAAGGCUUUUAGCAUGCAUGAUGUUGAUCGGUACGGCAUUGGCCGCGUGGUCGAAAUGGCCCUGGCGCACAUUGGCAAUGACACACCGAUCCACCUGUCGUUCGACGUGGACGCGCUGGACCCGCAGUGGGCGCCUAGCACGGGUACCCCUGUGCGUGGUGGACUGACACUGCGCGAGGGUGACUUCAUCUGCGAGUGUGUGCACGAGACGGGUAACCUGGUGGCGAUGGAUUUGGUGGAGGUGAACCCCAGCCUGGAGGAGCAUGGCGCUAGCGACACCAUUCGGACGGGAUGUUCGAUUGUGCGGAGUGCCCUGGGAGAUACCUUGCUGUGAUGCAGAGGCUGUGGCUGUAGGGGGUGAGAACUAGAGUAGAACUAGAGAACUAAUGAGCAAUCUGAAUCAAUCAAUGUUAAAGCUUAUCCGGA